GUGACAUGACCCAGUCCAUGGCUAAUACCCAAAUUGGUAAUCAAGAAUUAGGCAAGCACAAACUAAAAACAUUCCCUUGGUGGCCACCAGGUGGAAGGAGAGGUAGAGUCCAAGGUUGCUGCUUUGCUCUGUAAAUCCUGCAUUGCUGUUUAGCCAGAUGUAUGACUUUAGGGCAAAUAACUUGAUCCCGAAUUACAGGUUCGUAGUCGGUAAUACAGUGAUGUGAAUAAUAGCACCUACACUUAGUAGAGUUAUAAGGGUUAAAUGAUGACCAUGAAAUUUUCAAGAUCUUGGGGGAAGGUUGCAAAACAUGAGGGGGAAGAAACUUCUAUCCUGGACCGGCCCGGCUUCCUCUUUCGGCCACAGCCCCAGUGACUCAACCUGCCCAGUCCUCCUAGGAGUUAGUCUCCCAGCCACCACUGGCCGCCAUCGGCGGAGCCCCGGCUUCAACACCUGCGGAUUGGUCCAAGGGGGAACCUGUCGCCUAUACGUCAAUGACUGCCGCUGUCCAAUUACAGCUCUGCAGGGGCGGGCCAACGGGCCCGCUAGGCCAACUGGAGGCCGGUACCGGGUCAAGGCCUCAGAACCCGCCGUUGGAACCAAGACUAGCACGGAGGGACCCCAGGCCAAAGGCGGUGGGCCCUGCAGCCCGGAACCCACCUCGCCACUGCUGCUCGUGCCCCCGGCGGCCCAGACCCCCGACGGCAGCACGGUCAUCUCGGGACGCGGCGACAUGCCGGAGCUAGUGGUGACAGCGCUACUGGCGCCGUCGCGUCUCACUCUGAAGCUGCUACGCGCCUUCAUGUGGAGCCUGGUGUUCUCGGCGGCGCUGGUGGCCGCAGCCGUCUACGGCUGCAUCGCGCUCACGCACGUGCUGUGCCGGCCCCGGCGCGGCUGCUGCGGGCGCCCCCGGCGCAUCCCACCCGCCUGCUUGAGCGACCCCGCUCUGGGCGAACACCGCUUCCUGACCCUCAAGAGCUCCGGCAUACGCCUGCACUAUGUCUCCGCUGGACGUGGCAACGGACCCCUCAUGCUGUUCCUGCACGGCUUCCCUGAAAAUUGGUUCUCCUGGCGCUACCAGCUCCGGGAGUUCCAGAGCCGCUUCCAUGUGGUGGCUGUGGACCUGCGUGGAUAUGGCUCCUCCGAUGCACCAAAGGAUGUAGACUGUUACACUAUUGACCUGCUGAUGGCAGACAUCCAGGAUGUCAUCCUGGGCCUGGGUUACUCCAAGUGCAUCCUCGUGUCCCAUGACUGGGGUGCACUCCUAGCCUGGAAUUUCUCCAUCUACUACCCAUCCCUGGUCGAGCGGAUGGUGGUGGUCAGUGCUGCCCCCAUGUCAGUGUACCAAGACUAUGCAAUGCGCCACAUUGGACAGUUCUUCCGUUCCAACUAUGUGUUCCUGUUCCAGCUUCCCUGGCUGCCCGAGAAGUUGCUGUCCAUGUCCGACUUCCAGAUUCUCAAGACCACCCUCACCCAUUACAAGAGGGGUAUCCCACACUUGAGUCCUAGUGAACUCGAUGCCUUCCUUUAUGACUUCUCACAGCCCGGUGGCCUCACUGGGCCCCUCAAUUACUACCGAAACAUCUUCAGGAACUUCCCCCUGGAGCCCCAGGAGUUGGCCACUCCCACCCUGCUGCUGUGGGGGGAGAAGGACACUUACUUCGACCAAGGGCUGGUGGGGGCCAUCAGCAGCCGCUUUGUGCCCGGCCGACUGGAGGCUCACAUACUGCCAGAUAUGGGGCACUGGAUUCCACAGAGCCACCCUAAGGAAAUGCAUGAGUACAUGUGGGCCUUCUUGCAAGACUUGCUGGACUAGUGGCCCUCACUCACUGGCCUGCAUGCACCUGUGAUUCCACAUAGCGUACAUACACAGGUAGUCUCUUGGAUUGUGCACAGAUGUGAAACUCCUAGGUCACAUACAAGUGCAUCAGUGGGUAUCCUUGGGAACACCAAGCCAUAUGCUCACACACAGGCGUGAGCGUGUGUAUGUGUGAGCAAGCACUUUGAUCCCAGGGAACCAGGGACACCUCCGUGGAGCUAGAUGCUGAGUAUCCUAUCCAUCCCUUCCCUGAGGCCCUAGUCUUCUUGACAAAGUUGCCCCUGCCCCCCACCCCUCUCCAAACCAUAACUCUGACUUUUCUGUCCCUGGAUUCUACCUCCAGUUCUAGGUCUUUAGCUAAAUGUUGCUUUGUCCGAUACAUUACCGUUAGCCACAUAUGACUACUUCCAUUUAAUUUCCAAUUAAUUAAAAUGAAAUAUGAUUAAAAAAUCA